AUGACCAGAGCUCCAAUAAAGCAACAGCUACCGGCUGAGGACACACCUUUGCUGCAUGCCGAUUCAAACGCCGAUUCACCCUCUACUUCUCAGAGAGGCAACGACCUCAGAGAUGAGUUUCCCAAAAAGCUUGCCAAUCGCCUCUAUCUGUCACAUUUCUUGUCAACAUGGAAUUCCCGAGUCUUUGAGUUUGGAGCAGUUCUAUAUCUGGCAACAAUCUAUCCCGGCACUCUGUUGCCAAUGUCAGUCUACGCUCUUUCUCGCGGUUUGGCCGCGAUUGUCUUUGCGCCUGCUGUAGGUCAUUAUAUCGACGUUGAAAAUCGACUCAAAGUCGUCCGUGUAUCAAUCGGUGAGUUUAUUUCUCGUGCCGCUGCCCAAAUAUCUCCUGAAGUCGUAUACUCACAAUGGCUUCGUCCAACUGCAGUGUUACAGAGACUUGCCGUGGCUGCAUCGUGUGCUAUCUUUUAUCUCCUCAAAGUGAAAUUUCAAAUGGCCCGCGAGCUGAACUAUUCACUCCUUACAGCUCUGGCCUUUUUGGCAUGCAUAGAAAAGCUAUGCUCCAUCAUGAAUAUGGUCUCUGUGGAGAGAGAUUGGGUGCGUAUUGCAGACUUGGAAGUUUUAGUUUGGGGAACUUUCCUGACACUUCCUCGAUAG